CACCUAACGUAAUUGCAGUCGUCACUACCCAUUAAUCUACGAAACAAGCAAACAUCUAUGCUCUAAACAAUGUUUUUGCUGAUGUUGAUGAGGUCAGGUGUGAUGAGAGCGUUUAAUCCGGUAUAAAUACAUGCCGCAGUCGUCUCUGAGUUUAUUCUCAGAUCAGGAAAAGAUCAAGAUCGAGUUGAAGAAGACGAAGAAGAAUUGAAGAAGAAAAAUGGUUGCCCUUUUUUCUCCGCUGUUGUUUCCCAACAUGGGGUGGUCUAUCGACGAUUACAUUAGCCACGAACAGUUCGGCACUGAUCUGUACAGCAACGCCGCCGCUGACACUUCACCCCACGCGCCGCCGCCGCAGCAGCAUUUUCUCUCUGUCUCUCUCCCCUCUUCUCCGCUGCCGCCGGCGAUGGAGCGCUGCGACUCCCUGAAAUUCGACGGCGGGUCGACGGACAUUGGUAGCGGUGGAGGAGGUGGCGGCGAGGCCGCCGCCGGCAUGGUGAAGAAGCUCAGCCAUAAUGCCAGCGAACGCGACCGGAGAAAGAAAAUGAACGGAUUGUUCUCCUCUCUCCGUUCUCUGCUCCCACCUUCUGAUCAAAAGGCGAGGAUGAGCAUACCGACUACAGUGUCGCGAGUUGUAAAAUACAUCCCGGAAUUACAGAAAGAGGUGGAGAGGUUGCAGAAGAAGAAGCAAGAACUGACAUCAAGAGUUAAUUCAUGGCAAAAAAUUUCUGCAUCGCCGCCUGAAUUCAACAAGAGAAGAAGAGUGGUGGGAGGUCAUCCUCAUCAUCGUCAGAGCUAUUUAUCAGCAACUCAAGUAGGUGAAAGAGAUAUAGUGAUUCAGAUCUGCAGCAAGAAAGGAACCAAGAAUGUAUUUGCAGAUGCCCUUUCAUGUUUAGAGCAAGAAGGCCUGGUUCUUCUGGACUCAUCCACUUUUCAAACUUCUGAAGAUAGAGUUAAUUUCUACACACUGCAUCUUCAGGUGCAAGGAAUUGAAGUGAUGGAGGUUGAUAAGUUGAAGGAAAAGCUUCUGUCAUAUUUCAAUGAGGAGCAACAACUUCUACCAUGAUACAAAUUAAUGUUAAUUGAGUGUUGUUAUAGUGUAAUUAAACAAUAGUCUUAUCCAAACUUGUGUUCUGUAAUCAACUUUAAUUAUUUUUAGUCUAACUAAUUUGUUUUUGAUCAA